UAUGCAACUCAAAUAUUGCAGGAUGCUCAAUUUUCUUAUGAUCGACUGCCGGAAUUGCUGCCGACUAUCGGCUUGGGAAUUCCAUGUCCGGAACAGCUCGAUGAUCACGUGCAUGGGAAAGAGGUACCAGACUCGGAGCGUGAUGAUGACGGAAUAGUGAAGAAGAAGAAACGGAAACUCGAUGAAACAUGCAUUGCACCACUGCAUGGCACUCCGGUUUAUGAAUUCAUAAACGGAACUGUGAAAUGCAACGAGAAACUUGCAAGUUUAACUGAUAUCGCGCGGCCUCUGCUCCGUGAUGCUGUGGAAGCGGUUAAUAAGGUCAAAAAUCAUUAUCUUAUAAGAUCGAAAUGA